CAGCGGAGCAGCAGCGGGAAGGCGUCCGGAGCCGCCGUCGCAGCUGUGCCGGCGGGGGAAGGCUCCCCGCAGCCCGGGGGGUCCCCCCAGCAGGGCCGGGGGUGCGGGCGGGCACCCCGCCAUGGCCUUCACCAUGCUGCGCCCCGUGGCCGCCCGCGUGCUCUACCCCGACCUCAGCAUGCUGUCGGAGGACGAGGAGAACCGGAGCGAGAGCGACACGUCGGACCAGUCGUUCGGCUGCUGCGAGGGCGCCGAGGCUCGCCGCAAGCUGCCGCGGAAACCGGGGCCGAUGGUGAUGGUGAAGCAGAGGCAGGCGGCGAACGCACGGGAGCGGGACCGGACCCAGAGCGUCAACACGGCCUUCACCGCCCUGCGGACCCUCAUCCCCACCGAGCCGGUGGAUCGGAAGCUGUCCAAGAUCGAGACCCUCCGCCUGGCCUCCAGCUACAUCUCCCACCUGGCCAACGUGCUGCUGCUGGGUGAGGGCUGCGAGGACGGGCAGCCCUGCUUCAGUGCCAUCUAUGGUGCCAAGGGCGACCUGGACAGCAAACAGCCCCGCAGCAUCUGCACUUUCUGCCUCAGCAACCAGAGGAAAGGGGGCAGUCGGAGAGACCUCGGGGGCAACUGCCUGAAGGUGCGAGGGGUCACACCCCUGCGAGUGUCACGGAGAUGAGCCGGGGUCCGGCAGCACCCACCUGAGACAGCGGCAGAGGCGGACGGAGCCAGCACACGCCAGCCCAGAGACCGCAGCGGGGAGGGAGGGAGCUGCUCACCCGAGGUGGCAGCGGCCGAGCCCAGGCUGGCACCACACCGACACCGGCCCUGGAGCUGGCAGUGGGGCGGGAGGACGCUCCCGUGGCCGAGGCUGCCCAAGCGGGGCAGGGCCGGGGAGGGGGGUCCCCGCGCCCCAGGGCUGGACUGGAAGGGGCCUGUGUGCGGCCGGCGUGGAGGCGCUCCGGGGGGACGGUGUCGUGGCCCUGGGGAUGCUGGUUGUGCACGUGCAGCCGCUUGGAAAAUAAAACCUUAUUUUUCU